CUGCAGCUGAGCGCUGCUGAGCUGCAGAAAAUGAAGAUUGCACUUGAGGCUUCGAAAGAAGAAAAGGAAAAAAACGAAGACGAAAUAAAACAAUUGAAAGAAGAGCUGCAGGCCACACAGCACGACUUGGAAGAAUCCGAAAAGAAAGCAAAAGAAGAAAUGGUUUUGCUGGAAGAACUAAAAAUAGAACUUUCUGCUUUUCAGCGGUUUGAUGAAAGACUCGAAAAGUGCUUCACCAUGAUCGUCGAGUCCGAAACGCCCCCCAGCCAAGAACUCGUUGCCCCUUUUCUCAACUUGAAAGUCCCCGGCUAUAAACUGCUGCAAAAGGCCUUUAAUUUGGCCUUUAGACUUUUCGCUUUAAAUCAAAAGUUCAAAAAAAUGGAAAUUGAGCUGGAGACGUCGGAGGCAAAGCGGAAGCAGCUGGCUGCGAUGCUGCAGGCCGAGCGCUGCUGCAACAGCAGCAGCAGCAGCAUUUGCUCUUUCCCUGAGCUGCGGGAGCGUUUGCUGCAGCUGCAUGCGAGAUGCAUAGAAGCAGAAGCAGCACUAAAAGAAGAAAUAAAUAAAAAUAAAAUGCUGCAGCAGCAAAGAGCAGCACUUGUCAGCGACCUCAAGAGGUGUCUAGACACCCGAACUGAAAUGCAGCGCAGCAUCGAAAAUGCUGCGAAAAACAGCGCAUGCAUUUGCUGCUGCGUCCUGCAGCAGCAGCAGCAGCAGCUCCAGACGCAGCAGGAGCAGCAGCCAAAUCCAAGUGUGGGACAGCAGCUUCAGCAGCAAAUGAUGCACCAACCGCAGCACAUGCAGCGACAGCAGCAGCAGGAUCACCUGCAGCAGCAGCAGGAACACCAACAGCUGCAGCAGCAGCAGCAGCAGGAACAGCAGCAACACUGCCAGCAGCAGCAGCAGCAACUGGCAUCGGUAUCCUUACUUAAGGCAACACUGCCUUGCCUACAACAGCAGCACUCGCUGCUGAGACACGCGAGCCAGCUGCAGCAGCCUUUUCAGCAGCAGCAGCUUCUGCAACAGCAGCAGCAGCAGCAGCUGCAGCAGCAGCUGCAGCAGCAGCUGCAGCAGCAGCUGCAGCAAGGAUGCCUGGUUUAUGAAGAGCAAACAAAGGCUAGUACGUCUUCUGAAGGGCCUAGCAGCAGCACCACUGCAGCAAGCUGCUGUUUCUCAGGAGCCAACCGCAGCAACAGCAGCAGCAGCUGCAGCAGCAGCUGCAGCAGCAGCAGCAAAUGCUGCAGCUGCAGCAGCAGCUGCUGCUACAACGUGCCCUCUGCUGAGAGCCAUGUGCCAGCUGCAGCAACAACAGCAGCACCAACAGCAGCUGCAGCAGCAGAAACAGCAGAAGCUCCUCGGCAUCACCACCGAAAGAAAUGUAAAUUUCAUUCCAGACUAAUAACUCGAAACCAGCAGCAGCUGCAGCAGCAGCAGCGCACAGCAGCAACAACUGCAACGUGUCUGCGUCUUCUGUACCCUAAAUAUCCCCAAAUGCUGCAGCAACAGCAACAGCAGCAGCAGCAAAAUUUCUCUUCCUUGUUCUUUGCCCAAUGCCGCGUCUCACUCUGCUUCGCAGCUGCAGCACCAGCUGCAGCAGCAGCAGCAGCAGCAGUGACCACGGCAGCAGCAGCACUAACCACAGCAGCAAGCAGCAGCAGCCACAGCAACGAGCAUCAGCAGCAACUGCUGCAGCAACUGCUGCAGCAAAUAGCAGUAAAAGCAGAAACAAGUGAAGCAGCAAUAAACAGCAGAAGCAGCAUCAAAUGCUGCCAGCUAAUGCAGCACUAG